AGCGCGCGGAGGGCGUGGCCAGCUUGUGAAAUGUCAGGGAGGAAUGGCGCUCGGCGCGGUAUUUUGAACAAUCGCCUCUUUUUGCUCCGCUCGUUUCUUUUUAUCCGGACACGUCUCCCGGCUCGGCAAACAUCUCCGGUAAGCACCGGCUGCUGCGCGUCGGGCACACACCGUCGGGGCUCCCGGUAACACCGGCACCGGGCGGGAAACACGGACACUUGACGAGCUGAGACUCUGCCAGCAUGGACGUGGUGUCACCGGAGCUCAACAGCCUCCUUCCUGACGAGAUCAUGGACACCGAGGCCAUCGAGGACAUCCCUCACUCCCAGCCCGACGGCACCGCGGUCCAGUCGGAGCCCGGCGAUGACACGUCGGUCCCCAUGGAAACGGACACGCCCGCGGCUUCAGAAAAUGUGAACCUCUGUCCGGACGCCGCCCCGACAGAACACACUCAGACUCUGACCACCUCCGCCCCAGCGGACUCCACCUUCAGCAUCAGCACCGGGAGUCAGCUUCCCAUCUCCAUCUCCAGCGCGUCCUCACCCCUCCUCACCCUCAAACCAUCCAUGGCUACGUCCACCGCCACCACCAGAACGACAGACAGCGUGACCGGGACUACCGUCACUACGAGCGGGCUGCAGAAGCUCACGGCUCCGUUCACCAUCUCCGCCGCCAACCACCAGAUCAUCCUCAACAAGGUGGCCUCGUCCCAAGCCACGGAGGCGGCCAAGUCCGCCGCGUCCCAGCCGCAGGUCAUCAAGCAGGACGGACAGAAACUUUUGGUCACGGCGAUAGGAAAGUCGGGGCAGCCUAUCGUGCUGCAGUUACCGCACACGGGCAACAAGCCCGGCGUUUCACAGACUAUGGGAGACUCCAAAUCUCCGGCGCCACAGUUCAAAGUGGUGACGAUCGGCGGCAGGUCGGAGCUCAAACCGGUGGCGGGGAGUGCCGGCAAUCAGGUGACCACGUUACAGGCCCAGCAGCUGAAGACCUUGCAGAUCGCCAAGAAAACGCCGACGUCCUCCGCCGCACCGAUCAAGUUCAUCAUCACGAAAACCGUAAACAGCAAAGGUCUGAGUCCUCAGACGACGGUGUCACCUGUCAUCGCAGGACGCGUCCUGACCCAGAAUUCCCCCGUGAUGCCUCCGAGGACCAUCACGCUCUCAGAGCCCCACAACACUAGUAUACAAAGUAUCCCCGGCAAGAAGAUCGCCAUUUCACCCCUCAAGACACCCAGCAAGGUCACCGUGGUAUCUGUGGCUUCACCGACCUCCAACGCCUCUCAGAAGUCCGUGACGCUGCCCGUUAAUGUAGCACUCGGUCAGCAGAUCCUCACAGUCCAGCAGUCCACGUCUGCAUCUCCAGUCAAAGUGGCCACGAGCCAGACCACGACACAGAAUAUUAAACCGGUGCAGUCGGUGGCUGUCGGAGGAGUCGGUGGCUCCCAGUUCAAGACCAUCAUCCCUCUGGCGACCCAGCCCAACGUGCAGCAGAUCCAGGUGCCGGGUAGCCGGUUCCACUACGUCCGGCUCGUCACGGCGACCACAGCGAGCAGCACGGGACAACCCAGCGGUCCCAGCACCAGCUCCAUACAGACAGCUAAACCGAUGGUGGUCAGCACGGGAGCAGUCAGGAUGUCGGUGCCGAUCGUCCCAGCACAGACCAUCAAACAGGUGGCGCCGAAGCCCUUAACGUCAGCAGCUGUCGUAACCACCACCCAGACCCAGCAACGCCUCAUCAUGCCCGCCACCCCGCUACCGCAGAUCCAGCCCAACUUCACCAACCUCCCUCCAGGCACCGUCCUGGCACCAGCUCCGGGAGGCGGCAACGUGGGCUACGCGGUCGUGCCAGCACAAUACGUCACACAGCUCCAGCAGUCACCGUUUGUGACCCUCGCCAGCAGCUCUGGUUUCCCAGCGUCCACUGCUAUCCAGACUCAGGCCAGACUGCCACUCAACGGCUUGUCGACGGCAGAAACGACCUCGAGGCCGAGGAAACCGUGCAACUGCACCAAGUCACAGUGUCUCAAACUAUACUGUGACUGCUUUGCAAACGGAGAGUUCUGCAACAACUGUAACUGCAAUAACUGCUUCAACAACCUGGAACACGAAACAGAACGUCUCAAAGCGAUUAAGACGUGUCUGGACCGGAACCCGGAGGCCUUCAAACCUAAAAUCGGUAAAGGUAAAGAGGGCGAGUCGGACCGCCGACACAGCAAAGGCUGCAACUGCAAACGAUCGGGCUGCCUGAAGAACUACUGCGAGUGCUACGAGGCGAAGAUCAUGUGCUCGUCCAUCUGCAAGUGCAUCGGCUGCAAGAACUUCGAGGAGAGUCCGGAGAGGAAGACGCUGAUGCACUUGGCCGACGCGGCGGAAGUCCGAGUACAGCAGCAGACCGCGGCUAAGACCAAGCUGUCGUCGCAGAUCUCAGACCUGCUCAUGAGGACGGCGCCGGUUAUUUCGAGUGGAGGCGGGAGGUUGCCGUACACGUUCGUAACGAAGGAGGUGCUGGAAGCGACGUGCGAGUGUCUGCUGGAACAGGCCAAAAAGGCGGAACAGACUCAUCAGCCUCAGGCCGAAGCGGAGCGCUUGAUCCUGGAGGAGUUCGGACACUGUCUCAUGAGGAUAAUCAGCUCGGCGGGGAAAGCCAAAGCAGACUGUGCCUCCAUCAACUGCUAGGCCGAGCGCCCUCCUCCUCCUCCUCCACCUCCUCUCUCUCUCUGUGCACUCUGCCUUGGACCCUCCGGGGGUGGGUGGGGGUUUCUCCGCCCUCACCAAAAGGCAGAACAAUGGGCUCAAAGCAGACUCCUCGCGGAGGCCACCUGGAAUAACAAACACUGUUCAGACUCAUGAAGGACGAACGGACUGGAGCUGAACCGCCUCCGACAGAAUCAUUUCUUCACCUCUCAGAUCUGUUUCCAACUUUUCGUUCUUCCAUUUUUAUUCUAUUUUCUUUUUAUUCUUUCCUUUUUUUUUUUUGAGGUUUUCCAGAAGAGAGAAAAAAAAAGAUGUAAUAAAGAUGUAAUUUUUAUGUAAUCAUCCGUGCUAGACGAACAGGACGUGUAUCUUUUGAUAUUUAUUUUGUAUUUGUAAUCAUCAUCAGUGAGCGAGCGCUAAUACUGUGUGGCUUCUAGUGCUGCAGACUUAAUUAUUAACCGAGGCUAGGCUAAACCGUUUCUCUGAAAAUUAGUUAAAGGUGAAUGCAAACAUUAUACACACACACACACACACACACACACACACACACACACACACACACACACACACACUGCUCAGAUUAGGUGGCUCGAUCGACGGACGGACGGAGGAACUCUUCUUCUUCUGGUGCUGUUUUCUGUUUUGUUAGUCACAUGCUUACUGUGCAUUAAAAACAGUGAAUGGACGAACCGAUCCAUCUGACUUGGUACGUGUUUGUGCUGAGAGGCGAGCGGGCUGACGUCAGCUGUUCAAAAGUGACGGGGAAUAGUCCGACAUCGCAGAGGCUUCAUCUCCAACCUCUGGAUGUUCACGUUACGUCUUCUCCUUCUUGAUGUGAAGGUGUUCGAGAGGUCGCUCCGCUUGAAAUGUGUUCAUGUGUGUGACUGAGAAAAGAUUGUCUUAGAGUUCAAAUCAAGUUUUCAGGGUUUUAAAUUGAACAAAAUCACCGUUAAUGUUUUUAUUCAAACGUUUAUUCACAUAUUUUAAACUCUGACACUGAGUUUCCAAGUUGAAGGCUGCGAGUUCGAUAAGACGUCGAUAAAGAACGUCAAUCAAUUUGACCAAAAUGUGAUAAGAUAUGCAGUUCCUCUAACGUCCACUUGAGGCUGGCUCCAGAAGUGAGUCAGUCUCCAUAAGUCCCCAUGUCCAAAUGUCACAACUUCACAGCAGAAAUAAACAUGUUUACAGCCUGGUACAAAAAA